CACAACAAGGAAGUAUUAGUGUCUGUUUAGUCCGUACAUGUAGAUCAGCAAUUACAAAAGAAUUUAUCUGUUUAUUCGGGGGGAAAAGAGCUCUAAUAGAAGAAGGAGAGGAACAAUAACUUGGUCGACAGUGAUGAUACAUUUGUAUGUGUGUUUCUUUUGACAAUCAGAAGUGUGAAGAUACAGAGUUGGCUUCCUGAAAACACCUCUCAUUAAACAUCCAGGGUCCUCUUUGUUCCGAGUUGUGCUUGUUUGAGUUCGGGACUGAUCAGAAAAACGAAAUGGCUUCCAGGCAAACAUCUUGUAUUUGGCAGGUUAAAGAUAGCAGUGUGGUGAGUCACAGUUGGUGAUGAAACAGAAAGCACUUGUCCAGUAGAAAAUUUGGUAAAACAUUUGAAAUUUUGGUGACCUAAUUUUGAAAAAUUCAUAUCCAGCAUGUUCUGCUGAAGGCAUAUAUAAAAGAUUCCUCUGAUCUUCACCAUGGCAACACCCAUAGGUCAAACCGCUUUCCGUCCUAAAGGUCAGAAAACAUGUAUUCAACAUAAAGAGAAACCGCUGGAACUUUAUUGUGAGAAAUGUGAUCAACUUAUCUGCCUUACAUGUUUGUCAACAACUCACAAAGGUCAUGAUGUUUGUGAACUCAGUUUAAUUACUCCUCAAAAGAAACAAAAUAUUAAAAGUUUUAUUGACAAAACAGAACAAAAUGACCUGAAACAAGUCAGGGAAUAUAUAUCUUCUGUGGAUACACUCCUUAAAAACAACACCAGCAAUUUUGAGGAAUUUUCACUCAAGUUAAAAUCUCAAACAGAUAAAAUUAAACAAGACCUUGAUUUACUUACAACACAGACACUCUCAGUUUACAAACAGAUGGAAGAGGACAAUGCCAGGCUGAUUCUAAAGUACAAAAAAGACCUGGAUACGUACAACAAGCAACUAAAACAACAACUACAGGAAUGUAAGGUGGCCCUCCAGCAAGGUUCUCACCUGGAAAUCUACGACACAGAGUGUGAAAUACAUCCGUCAAUACAUCUCCCAGUGAAUCCUGUCCUGGGUACGGCCAGCUUCACACCUAACACAACUCCACAACAUCAUCUACAACUGGCCUUAGGGACAGUUACCACCUCAGGUCAAACAUCAGCUGACCAGGAGCGGUCAGUCUUAGCAUCAGGUGACCAGGAACAAUCCUCUAAACAACAACAAACAGGAGUAAAAGGGAAGAAAGCAUUGAUAAGUAAACAACUACUGUCAGAGACCAAAGUGGUGAAGGAGUGGGAGUCUCCAUGUUACAUUGAGUCUAUAUGUCCCACCACUGAUGGUCAGGUGUGGAUCAGUAAUUACAGUAAAACAUUAACUCUCCUUAACAGGGAAGGUAAAGUAGUACAGGAGGUCACACACACGACUGACAUCACUGACAUCAGUCUAUCACCCACAACACACACACUGUGGGUCUGUGACAGACAAAACAACAUCAUGGAGCUGGUAUCAGGACGACUUACAAACAAAUUCAGAACCAAGGAGGAACCCAGGUGUAUAUGUGUUACAGCCAGUAACCAUAUCAUUGUGGGGAUGGACAAACACAUCUGUAAAUUUACUACACAAGGUCAAAUGGUACUCACUACAAUGGCUGUAGGGACUGGGAAACCAUUAGUGUAUACACCAUGGAGGAUGUCAGAGUGUCCAGUAACUCACAAUGUCACAGUGAUUGAUUUCAACGAUGAAAGUGACGGUGGUGAUGGAAAGGAAUGUGUUGUUGUCAUGGAUACUGACUUCCAGGAAGUGUUUGUAUAUAGAGGUGACAUCCCCAGUACAUAUAAACAAACACCACAAACAGGACGUGUAACAUUUAACCCCUGGGAUGUGGUGUAUGACAGUGUGGGGAACCUCAUCAUAGGGGACUGGGACAACUGUAGUGUCCUACUCCUCAGUGGAGGUGGUGAGUUCCUCAGGAUCAUAUACACAGACAGAGUGAGGACAAGGGCUGUAGGUAUAGACAGGGACGAUGUUCUGUGGGUAGUGUUUGGGGAUAACAAUGUAAAACUACUACAGUACAGUGUGUGACAGUACUACUACAGUACAGUGUGUGACAGUACUACUACAGUACAGUGUGUGACAGUACUACUACAGUACAGUGUGUGACAGUACUACUACACUACAGUGUGUGACAGUACUACUACAGUACAGUGUGUGACAGUACUACUACAGUACAGUGUGUGACAGUACUACUACAGUACAGUGUGUGACAGUACUACUACAGUACAGUGUGUGACAGUACUACUACAGUACAGUGUGUGACAGUACUACUACAGUACAGUGUGUGACAGUACUACUACAGUACAGUGUGUGACAGUACUACUACAGUACAGUGUGUGACAGUACUACUACAGUACAGUGUGUGACAGUACUACUACAGUACAGUGUGUGACAGUACUACUACAGUACAGUGUGUGACAGUACUACUACAGUACAGUGUGUGACAGUACUACUACAGUACAGUGUGUGACAGUACUACUACAGUACAGUGUGUGACAUUACUACUACAGUACAGUGUGUGACAGUACUACUACAGUACAGUGUGUGACAGUACUACUACAGUACAGUGUGUGACAGUACUACUACAGUACAGUGUGUGACAGUACUACUACAGUACAGUGUGUAACAGAUAUGUGUUACUCUGGUUAGUAACCAUGGUAACUAACAUUGUAAUUAACAUUUACAUAUCACAAAAACAAUACCAUUUAAAUGAAUGAUGUUAAUUAGCAAAAUUCAAAAUAUUUAAAUGUCAAAAUUCACUGUUUUGAACAAAAACUUUUUAGCAAUUCACUAAUAAGUUAUCCUGUUAAUGAUCCUGAUUAGACAGAACUUAGAACAUCACAAUGUCUAUCUUCAGGUCCUCAGUAGAAUACCACUCAGCUGAAACCCCCUUCACUUUGUAAACAAUAUAUGUGUGUGUAAAAAUCAAUAUGACAUUUACUUUAAUGUGUAAAAACAUUGCUGAUUCCUCCUGGGGAAAAAAAGUUGUAAAAAAACAUUUCUGUUAAAUAUUUUUAGUUAAUACCUUUGGAUAAUCUCCGUUUUAAAAGUAACUGUUUAUAUUAAAUUAUGCCGUAACCCUAUCUCUGUGUAUUGUAUGUUUGCCAUUUAAUCAGCAAUAAAAUACAUAAAAUUACA